AGGGCGAUGGUGGCAGGACGCGGGGCGAUCAGGAGGAGGCUUCCUGCUUAGGGAAGUGACUGCCGUGGCUCCAAUGUCUACGUUCCUGCUGCUCUGUGCACUCCUGCACCUGGGAUCCCACUGCAGUUCGGCCACGUCGUACAGUCCUUGCACAGAUUUGCAACCACAGGAUCUCCUGUCUAAAGUUAUUGAAGCACCUUGGCCACAGAUGAACGGGUUCAGGAUGGUCCAGGAACGUGGAGCCCGUGGACUGCGACUCAGUCAGAAUGUGAAAGCAGCUAGCUUCCCAGCCUCUCACAUCUUCAAAAUCUGUAGCUACUUCCCAGCUGAAUUCUCCAUUGUCAUCACACUGAAAGUGAACUACCUGCCACCGAAGAAAAACGAGUACAUCUUCACUUUGCUCCAGGAGAGUUCAAGCCACAUGCUGCUGGGGCUGAGGCUCUCGUCUGACAAGCUCCACCUUGAGUUCUCCCAGAGCGACCACCCUUACAGCCACAGGAAGAGGGCCACCUUCCGAGACCUCCAUCUAGCUGAUCGACACUGGCACACUCUGGUGCUGGCUGUAACAGCCAACAUUGUAUCUCUCACCAUAGACUGUUGCCCACCUGUAGACAUGUUCCUGGAUGUUUUAUUCCCAGAACAGUUGAACACUGCCAAUUCUCGAUUCUACGUCGGGAGCAGGAGGAGGAGGAAAGGAUUGUUUUCAGUAUUUCUCUGGAGUGUUAUCACAAAAAACAACCUUAAGGAGAUUUUGGGACAAGUGACCAAAGGCUUGAUUAAUGAAAAGGAAUUAAAGAGCAUCUUUAAGGAGGACCAGCAUGUGGAAAGGCAACAGCUUUUAGGGAUUGCACUCCAGACAGCUAGAGCUAAGGAAAGACUCGACUAUGUGGAGAACUAUCAAAAUCUGGUGACCAACUCCGAAACACUAGAUGUGGAGAUCUUUGAAAUCCCAAACAUUGGACUCUUUGCCGCCACAGCCAAUAGGAAGCCCCAGCCAGGUUCAACGAUCUUCAAGUGGUUGAAUGGGAGGUUUGAGCCAUAUCAGAACAUCACAACCUAUGAAGCCCAAGCCUGGAAACACUUCUCCAUUGGCCCUGAGGUUUUCCUGGCCGUGGCCAAUUUUGAAAAGAAUGAACGGAACCAGGAGUAUUCAGUCAUCUACAGAUGGAGCAAGAGGAGGCUGCGGUUUGUUCUGUACCAGAGACUACCAACUCACAGUGCCCGUGACUGGGAGGCCUUCCAGAUCAAUGGGGAGACUUUCCUUGCUGUGGCCAAUCAUCGUGAAGGAAACAAUCACAACAUUGACAGCAUCAUUUACAAGUGGAACCCCAAUGCCCGUAUGUUUGAAAGGAACCAGACCAUCCCAACCUCGGGAGCCUACGACUGGGAAUUCUUUACAAUCGGACCCUAUUCCUUUUUGGUGGUGGCGAACACCUUCAAUGGGACAUCAACCCGGAUCUACUCCCGGAUUUACAUCCAGCUAGGAGGAAUGUUCCGACUUUUCCAGUCAAUCCCAACAUAUGGUGCUACUGACUGGGAGGUUUUCCGCGUUCAAGAAAGAGUGUUUCUAGCAGUUGCAAACAGCCAGAGCUAUGAGACAGGGGCAGUGAAUAGAGUCAACGCCUUCAAUAUUAACUCUACCAUCUACGAACUCAACAUCACUGCCCAGAUGUUUGUCAAGUUUCAAGACAUUCCAACAAACAGUGCAGUUGACUGGGAGUUCUUCACUGUGGGUGAUGACAGUUUUCUGGUCGUGGCCAACUCUUUUGAUGGCUCCAAGUUUUUUUUAAACAGUGUUAUAUACAGGUGGCAGGGUUAUGAAAGUUUUGUUCCAGUCCAUCAGCUCCCAACAUAUGGAUGCACAGACUGGGAAAAGUUCCACACAGCAGAUGGCUCAUACCUCAUCUAUUCCAGUGCAAAGGAACGCAUUUCCAAGGUGCUCAAACUGAAGACUUAUUGA